CCCUCGUCAUCAGAUGCGCAUGCGCAGGGCUUAUUUACAUCUGUCAAACGAACGAGAUCUAUUGAUUCUUCGCAAUAACAUUCUGUUUCGUGGGCAUUGUCACAUAACAUAUCAAGCUGAGGUCGAGAAGAAGAACAAGCCAUGCCAUGGCAACCGUUAUUGAACCACUGGCAGGCUGGUAUAAACAGCAACAGUUCAGACUGUAGCGGAGAUUACAUACACUGGAUUUACCUGAUUCUAAAUGAUUGUGUGUAUGAUGCCAAAGGUGUUGCCUCAGAGGUGUUAGGACUGGCUUCUCUUGGAACAUGGAUGGUGGUUUCCAUUCCACAGAUGGUGAAGAACUGUCGUCAUAUACAAGGUAUAGAAGGCAUCUCUUUCAUGCUGAUUCUCAUGUGGACUCUAGGCGACUCUUCCAAUCUUAUCGGGUCUAUAUUGACAAAGCAGCUAAAGCUACAGAUUUAUCUUGCCAUUUACUUUGUGUUCGCAGAUCUGAUUUUAUUUGUACAGUAUCUUUACUACAAUUUCCACUGGAAAAAGAAACAUAGAGGUUAUGAGUCUAUACCUGCCACCUCGCCCCUGCCUCUGAACUCGGGUACCGGGUCACAGAUGGUGCUGUGCGUGUCUGGUGCCCUGCUCAUGUGUGUUCACCACUCCCUCUGGGUGCUAGAUUCCCUCCCCUAUCAGACAGAAGUACGUCUCAACCCAGCAGGCCGGUCACUAUUAGCAACGGAAUUAGGGAGUUCUAUAUUCAAUACUGUUGAGGAGAAGGUGGGGUAUGCAAUAGGUGUUGGUUCAAGUAUAUGCUACGUAUUUUCCCGUGUGGCACAAAUGUUUAAAAAUUACAAGCGCAAGUCUACAGAUGGUCUAUCAGUGAUGAUGUUCAUCCUCGCUGUGUUUGGUAAUGUCACUUAUGGUCUCUCAAUCCUCGUCCGCCAACAGGACGCCAACUACCUGGUCAAGCACCUGCCCUGGCUCAUUGGCAGCCUUGGUGUCGUGUUUUUGGACUCCGCUCUAUUGAGCCAGUUUAUCUACUAUGGUACCAAAGGUGACUUCAAUGACCUGCUGAAGCAACCCUUGCUGAAUGGGCCCACAGAUGCUGAUGCUGAUUUGGAAGUACGUGUUACCUCGGCUGUGUCCAUCAACGCAGACUAGGCAUGGGAAAGGAUGCCACAAUCGGGGAAAACUGGGCGUAAUGCAUGUGCGUAAAGUAUCAUCCUUGAUAAGCCGUGCAGUCCAAACAGGUUAAUCAGGAGCAAAACUUUCCGCCUAAACUGAGUUGUCAUGCAGAAGAGACUUCCUUUAAACUAUACAUUACAAAGGUGUAAAGUGUGGUCCCUGAUUAGCCUUUGUACACUGCAAAGCCUAAACGAAGAUCACACUUUAUGCAAAUGCACUCAGCCCAGUUUUCUCAGAACACGACUCAAUAGUAAAGGAUACCAGAUUGGGGGGGGGGGGGGUAGUUUCCUGGGGUAGUUUCAACCCAGUUUUCUCAGAGCACGACUCAAUAGUAAAGGAUACCAGAUUUGGGGGGGGGUAGUUUCCUGGGGUAGUAUUCAAUGGCUUAUGGUGGAAAACAGUAGUCAAAUGAUCCUUUAUGUUUCAAGAUGACUUGGUCACGUGACUUGGUCACGUCAGUGAUCAUAAGUCAUAAUACUGAUGAAUAUUUAUUAUUUUACUCAUGUUUUAUAUUACUUAUGUUUAUGUUUUAAAUGUUUUGUGAAAGAUGCUUUUUUGAAAAUCCACGUGUAACAGAACUUUAAAUAGAGAAGAUGUAACUCAAGAGAAAUUAAUAUGCUAAAAAUGAAGGUUGAUUUUAAUGAAUUGAAGUGAUUUAAGUUUGAUGGCUAUUGAUGUGUUGAUGGUAUAAAAACAUAAAUAUUUAAACCAUUAAGCAGCUUUUAUUGUUAAACAGCUUUUAUUGUUAAACAAUAUUUAAUUUUCUGUUCACCUUUGUUGAUAAUGUUUUUCAACUUCAAUAGUUGUACCAGUACUUAUUGUCCACUUAAAUGUGUUAUGUUAUUAUUAUGUAUUUUAUUUGACUAUUCAUCCAUUUAUUCUACUCAGUGUUAACAUGCAGGUCAGUAUGGUAGGUAUAAAGUCCCACCACUCGGAGGUGAAAUUUUAUGUUUUAUUACCUCCCCUUUAUGUCGUGAGGAAUCUCAGAUCAGAGUCGGCAUAUCAUAGGUGUAUGUAACAGCUGCUUGGUGAAUCUUUCACAAGAAUUACACGUAUUUAACCCUUUACAACUUAGAUACAUUGUAAACGCUUUACCACUAAUGUACGUAUUUUUAUGACUUUGUAGUCCCUUCAAAAAUUGACUUUAAUUAAAGAUCUUUCUUAUUAGAUUCAAGUAUUAAAGGCUUCAUUUCCAACCCUUAGAUACUGAUGGGCAGCAAACUGCAUACAACCUGAACAGACUGUAAGUUACUCGCAGGCUGUUCUGGUUUUAUGCUGUUCGCAUAAAGCCAUUUUCACUUUGCUUCUGAGUGGGAAAGGGUUAACUUCAUUUAAAUUUUGAGUAAAUGGAAAUUAUGCCCAUUUUGUUCAUUUUAUGCAUGUUGUGUUAAAUUGUUCUAACAAAGAUCUGUAAUUUAAUAAUUGAUAUUAUUUUAUUUACUUUCGUUUAUAUUUAUGCAAAUUAUUUAAUUGAUUUAACACAUUUAUAUUAAAAAUCCAAAUUUUUGUAAAAAAAAUAAUCUUUGUUUUACAAAUGUUUUAAAUAAUUUUAAAUAUAUUUUUUAUUGUGUAAAAGAAAUUAACUCAGGUUUUUAUGUAAGGCAUAUUUUUAUCAAUGUUUUAACAUUAAUCUUUGCAUUAAUCAAGGUUAUUUCUUUAAAAUGAAAUCAACUUUAGCGUGAUGGAAUCUUUUUCAUCGUAACAUUUUAGCUCAAGUUCAUUGUUAUACUUAAAUAUUACUAUGGAGAAGUGGAAUUUGUUUCAUUUUUAAAUUUUACAAGUAAAUUGUGUUUGUUUUGUGAAUUUAUUCUCAGCGAUGUUCAUGUGUUCUUAAACAAAUAAAAACUGUGAUACCCAUGUAAA